GAUCUCAUCUGAAUGCAAUUAUGAUGUAAUUAAACCUCCAAUUAAGAGCCCAUGUGUACAGCUAGCUGUUGAGUUCCAAUUUUGUUUAAUUUCUAUAUGCAUCUACUUUUCAAUAUCUGCAAUCACUUACUCUUAAUUAAAUACACAACUUUUCAAUUUAAUCACAGAUCAUAUAUAUUUCAUUUGUUUUUCCAUCCAUUCAGUUCAAUUCUUAUCUGUUCUUCAAACUUGUUAUUAUGGCGUUAGAAGAGAUCUUUGUUACCGGUGCCACAGGGUUCAUGAAAAAAUUGGUUCAUGUUGCUGCCAAAAAAAUUGGAAAGGCUGGGGCUGUAGAUAAAGAUCUCCAAAAGCUCAAGGAUACUCUGGAGAUGAUCGCUGCUGUCACAUCUGAUGCUGAAAAGAAGCAGGUCAAAGACAAAGUUGUGCGGCUAUGGUUGAGAAGGCUCCAAGACGUUGCAUAUGAUGUUGACGACCUUUUGGAUGAAAUUUCUUAUGAAGCUAUGUGUCAAUCUCAAAAAUAUGGGAAUAAGGUAACAAUUCUUUCUACAAUUAAACUUAGCUUGAAAAUGGCGAAAAGAAUCACAAAUAUUAAUCAGGAGUUAGAUGAAAUUACUAAGCACAACGUUAUGUUUCAGUUGGUACGUAGUGUAGAUGAUCAAAAUGUUGAGUCAUUAGACCGGGUGACACAUUCUUUUAUAGGUGAAUCUAAAAUUGUUGGAAGGGAAAAAGACACAUCUCGUAUAGUAGAGAUGUUGAUGAUGAGGAACCCUUCAUCAUCAUCAUCAUCUGACAGUUUUACUCCACAUGAAAAAAUCUCUGUUAUUUCAAUAGUGGGUAUGGGGGGACUUGGGAAAACGACUCUCGCUCAGCUGGUUUACAAAGACAACUCGAUUGAGAGAAGCUUUGAGCCAAGAGCCUGGGUCUGUAUUUCUGAUAAUUUUGACAUCUUUCUGAUUCUUAAAAAUAUUAUUGAGUCCUUCACAGAAACAAAAUGUGACGUGUCUAGCGUCGAUUUACUAGUAAGGAAAUUUCAUGAAACGAUUAGAGGGAAGAAAUACCUGUUAGUGCUAGACGAUCUGUGGAACGAGAAUGCCGAAGACUGGGAAAAACUUAAGGGUUUUUUAAGUGGGGGUGCUCAAGGGAGUAAAAUAUUAGUAACUACACGUAAAGAAAAUGUUGCAUCUAUUGUUAGGGGUACAAUUCCACCAUACAAUCUAACAACCUUAAGUAAUAGGGAAUGCUGGUUCAUUAUUAAGAAUAGAGCUUUUUCUCCUGGCGGAGCUGUCGAAACUUUAGCUAUGUCAAAUAUAGGAGAGGAGAUAUCGAGAAAAUGUGCUGGUUUACCCCUUGCAGCUGUUUUUAUCGGAAAUCUAAUGCGCAUGAAACAAAAAGAAUCUGAUUGGUUAGCGAUCAGAGACAAUGAUGUUUUCAAUACACCAGAAAAUCCAAACAAAAUCAUACUUAUAUUGAAACUGAGUUAUGAUAAUUUAUCUUCCCCUUUGAAAAAGUGUUUCUCAUAUUGCAGUUUAUUUCCUAAAGAUUAUGAAUUCAAUAGAGAAACACUGAUUCGCUUGUGGACGGCUGAAGGAUUUCUUCAUCCCUCUACUGGAAGAAAUCAAAGCUCACUCGAAGAUAUUGGUAAUUAUUAUAUCCUUAGUUUGUUGUCCAGCUCUUUCUUUCAAGAUGUCGAAAGGGGUGACUUAGAUGACACAAUUAUAUCCUUCAAAAUGCAUGAUUUAGUGCAUGAUCUUGCUUUAAGUGUAGUUGGCAGUCAUGAAGUCAUGAUUCUCACAGCAUGUGAAAUGGAAAAUGAUGUGUCUCAAAUUCGUCGGCUACAGUUAAUCAAGGAAGAAGGAGAAUCAAGUGCUUUUUCUAAUGUAUUAACCAAUGCAAACAAGCUGAGGACGGUUUUUUUCCAAGAAGCAGGCUUUUUCUAUCCGAGUUCAUUUAGUAACAAGCGUCUGCGUGUGAUCCAUCGGCUUGGUGCUGAUAAUCUGAAAACUAUAUCUUCCCCUUUGAAGUUUAAACACAUGAGGUACCUUGACCUCGUUUAUUCGGAUCUUAAAGAUGUUCAUGCUGAGUCCAUUCAUCAACUCUACAAUCUUCAAACUCUCAACCUUCAUCGAUCCAUAAAUGUUCAAAACAUUCUCCAAGGAAUUGGUUCUUUAAUUAAUUUGCAAUAUCUAGAUCUCUCUUGUUCGGACGCCACAGUUGUACCUGAUUCCAUUACGAGGCUGACCAAUCUGAAGACUCUAGAUUUUAGUGAUUGCAUGGGUAUUAGUUUUUUACCCACAGAUAUUGGGUCUUUCCAAAAUUUAUCGUCCCUAUACAUUUCAUAUUCAGGAAUCGUUGAAUUACCCGAUUCAAUCUCUCUCAUCAGUAAUUUGCGUCAUCUAAAUAUCUCUGGUUCGAAAGUCAAAGUUCUACCUGAUUCUAUCACGAGGCUGACCAAUUUGCAGACCUUAAGUAUUUCUGAUACAGAUAUCACAGAAUUACCCACAAAUAUAGGGUCUCUCCAUAACCUAUUGUCCCUUGCAUUUUCAGGAACAAGAAUCAGUGACUUACCCGAUUCAAUAUGUCGCAUACAUAAGUUAAAGAAGUUAGGAGGAUUCAGUGGCACGAGUUUAGAAGCGCUUCCCCAUAACAUUGGAGCUUUGACAGAACUAAGGUCACUUGAUUUAUUUGAUUCUGAAAUAACAGAAUUGCCUGAAUCUUUGAGCAUCAACGUGUGUAAAUUAGAGACAGUGGAACUUGGAUCGGUUUGCAAAUUUCCCAAAGAUGUUAAGAAUUGGGUGGAACUGAGAGAACUCAUUUACUUGGGAAAUACAGAUGGUGUAAUAAUGUCUAGAGGUAUUGAAAAGCUGACUCGCCUCGAAGUAUUAAUUCCUUACCUGGUGAGGAAAGAAGAAAAAGAAGAAGUGAUUUCCACCGGAAACAGUAUAAAUGAUUCUACUUCUAGUUCUUCUAUCCAUGAAUUAGCACAUUUGAACUCCCUUCAGGUUUUGAGGAUUGGAAAUCUAGACUACGUGAGAGGUGGUAAAACAGAGGCGGAGAGGGCAAAGUUAGAAGACAAGCAAAACAUUCAUGAAUUGGAGCUACGAUGGAAUUUCAAAGAAGAAGAUAAAAACUACGAAGAAGGAGACCAGUUGGUUGUUGCUGCUUCCGAUGUACUGGAAGGCCUCCAACCUCACCCUAAUCUGCAGGAAUUGUCUAUCAUAGGUUUUCCCGGUUUAAAGCUUCCGAAGUGGAUGGGUUCAUCUUCCUGUCUUCCUAAUUUAGUGAAAUUAAUUUUUAAGAACUGCAACAGCUGUAGUAAUCUUUUAGGCUUAGGUCAGCUUCCAUGUCUUAGGUAUCUUGAAAUUGAGGGUAUGGCAUCAGUCAUUUGUUUGGGAAAGACGGAGUUUUAUUACCCGCAAGAAGAAGAAGAAGGAAACGUAGGAGGAUUGUUUCCUACUACAACUACAACAACAUUAUUUCCUUCGUUAACCUAUUUGGUCAUCUCCGAGAUGCAGAACUUAAAAGAAUGGAUUGUGCCUUCGACACCUCAUAAUUUCUUCCCUUGCCUUGAGGAACUACGGUUUACUUCUUGCUAUACUUUGGAAUCUAUUCCAGAUUUACGAUUAUGGUCUUCUUCUCUCCGGCGCAUAAAAAUCUUCUCCUGCAGCAAGUUGAUGGAUUCGAUACCUUAUGGUCUGAAAAAAUCGCUCACUUUUCUGGAGUACCUAUCUAUUGAUUGUUACCAUAAUAUGGUGACGGAGAAGUAGAUACUCUGCUUGCGCGCGCUCCUGCAAUUCAUAUCAGCCAACAGUUGACGUGGUAAUAAUUAGGGUUAAACUAACUACGAGGUGGCACUCGAUGGACAACAAUUAUUAAAGACGGCAAAUCUUAGAGAUAGCAAAUCAUUUGUCCCUGUAGGAGUUAAAUAUCACAAAGGUUAAUAAUUACGCGAAGUGAAGAAUACAACAUACGCGAGGAGUAUAGCAUACAACAAAUUGAGAUGACAUAUCAGAUGAUGUCAGGAAAGUUACGGGUAAAGUGUGAGGAGUUAUGCGAAGAUGUAAGAUAUGCGAAGAUGAGCGAUUGUAUAUGAGCGAACAUGUCGCACAGAGAUCUCGAAAAUAAAGGGAUUCUUAGCUGUCAUCCACUAUGUAAAAUCCUAUAUAAAAGAGCGAGUAGUUGUCUUGUAGAGGAUUCUAGGACAAGUCUUGUAAGAGAGAUUGAAAGAGAGAG